CAGCGACAGUACACUGGUUUACUACAUCGUUUUGGAGGAUCAUUUAGACGGAACACAGCGAACAAAAAGAAGAAGGAUGAAGCACGAAUGAUUCCGGUGAAACGAAUCAAAGCAUCAUCAGUGCAGCGAAAAACACUGAAUCCAAAAUGGAAUGAAAAAUUCCAAUUUGUUGUGGAUGAUGUUAAUGUGGAUCGUUUCCAUAUGGACAUCUGGUAA